GCAGCGAGAGGUGAAAUCUCCGGGUAAACGGUGGAAACUUUACUUCAGCGGAAGUAAACUCCGGAUACAGGCGGUGAACAGGUGUCGGUCCCGCUGUCCGCUGGAGCUUUGACGUUUGUAACUUUAAGGAAAAGUGGUCGAAAAGUGUUUGUUUUUUUAAAGAAAGUUAGUGAGGAAAACAGACAAACAUGUCGAGCCUCAGACCCAGACUGUGUGUGUUGGAGAAAGGAACCGGAGGCUACGGCUUCCACCUGCACGGAGAGAAGGGAAAGACCGGGCAGUUCAUCCGGCUCGUGGAGCCCGACACCCCCGCCUCCGUGGCCGGGCUCCGCGCCGGUGACCGCCUGGCCUUCGUCAACGGGGAGAGCGUGGAGGGCGAGAGCCACCAGCAGGUCGUGUCCCGGAUACGAGCCACCUCCGGGGCGUUGGAGCUGAUCGUGGUCGACUCGGAGACCGCGGAUCUGCUGCAAGAGCACGGCCUGCAGUGUCGGAAAGAGUUCGUCACGGAGGGGAUUCCUUUACCGGGAGGAGACAGCGACUCUGACCGCGAAGACACGCGGAGCAACGGCACGCCGAGGGAGUGCACUCCUGUCCCGCGGGAGAACGGGGAAACGUCCUCCGAGAGGUCGGAGAGACUGAGCGUCAGCUCCAGCAACAAGGAGGACAGAGGCGGGCCUCGUCCUCGUCUCUGUCAGCUGAUGAAGGGCGACAGCGGCUACGGCUUCAACCUGCACAGUGAGAAGUCCAGACCGGGUCAGUUCAUCCGAGCCGUGGACGAGGACUCUCCCGCAGAGACAGCAGGACUCAAACCCAAGGACAAGAUCGUGAAGGUGAACGGUGUGUCAGUGAUUGGGAUGCAGCACUCUGAGGUGGUCGCGGCCAUCAAGGCAGGAGGAGACAAGACCACGCUGCUCGUGGUCGACGCUGAGGCCGAGGAGUUUUUCAAGAGAUGCAACGUCCAACCAUCAGAGGAGCAUGUUACUGGACGUCUCCCUGAGCCACAGACAGAGAGAGCGUCAGACGACGACGAGACUCCGACAGCGAUGAAACCUCAAGUGUCCGCGAGGUCUUCGGUGUCCAGCGAUUCGUCCGACAACUCGUCCAACUCUCCUCAGGUUGAGCGCCCCCGUGAGGCGGGCAACGGUCAGGGUCUGGGUCUGGGUCUGUCUCUGGCUCAGGCUCGAGAAAGAGCUCAUCAGAAACGUGCCGCCAAGAAAGCCCCGCCCAUGGCCUGGAGCAAGAGAAACGAACUUUUCAGCAACUUGUAAAUAUCGCAAUCAUCCUCAUCACCGUCGUCAUCGUCAUCGCAGUUCUGUCUGUCAACUAUGGAGAACCCACGCAGAUAAUCCUCGUAAAUGUUUUUUUAAACGUAAACGCGUGUUUACGUUUUACAUAGAAACAUUUUAUUUUUUUGAAUCCCGACGUUUAACAGUAUUAUCUGAUGAUUUUGUUCUUUUAAUUUUUCGGAUUCUGCCACUAUUUUUGAAAACGUCAGACUGUUAAUAUAUGAAGAUGAAGAAAGAAACAACGAUAAUGCACAGAAAAAUAAAUUAUUGUCCGAUUUUUUUUCUUUCUUUCUUAAUUUUUUGAAUGUUUUUUUUUUUUUUUUUAAUCUAUGUCAGACGUCUGCGAUCAGCAACUAGAAUAAAGGACUUUGUCUUUACGUUGUAUUUGUGAAUGAAUGAAUAAAUAACACAGAUUGAUUCUCAAUGCUAUGCUAACCUGUUUUUCGUGUGUGUACGGAAGCCCAGAAGUGUCAGAAUUGCAAAAUUAGAUGUGGUCUUUUGUCGCGUUAGCCUCGGAGGUUUACGAAGAAUUGUCCUUCCGCUGUGGCGAUUUUUUAUUUUUGUCCUUCCCACUAUUGCCUGGCAGUGAAGCUGUAGCUGGACAUGGUAUACAUCCCUAGCGGUGAAGUAACGUGUAAAUAUUUGAAGAGAUAUUAAACUUUUAAAGCUCUGCAGCUUAUUUGUUUUAUGUUUACCGCUAAACACUGCACUUAUUUUUUUACUUUAAAUGUGUCAUUGUUAGCCGCUAUCUGCUUCAAAGAAAUGAGUUGCUAGCUAGGAAUCUUGGGAUACAUUGGUCUUUGAAACAGCUUCAGUUUCACGUAAGAACAUCACCACAGCAACAAAAUCAACAUCCAUUUUUGUUUGAAAUUAUUUUUUGUAAUGAUGACGUUUGGGCUUCCGUACAUUGAUGUCAUCAUGAAUCAUGACGAGAUGAUUCUGUAAAAUUCUUAUUUUUUCUCUCUCUUGUACAUAGACAUCGGGAAUAAAUGAUCGGAGAGGAAAGCUGAAGAUUCCUCUGUACGA